AUGUCAGAUUUACAUUUAUUUUAUUAUCGAUGGUUUACUUCGGAAAACCAAGCCGGGGAUGUGGAAAUUGCAGUCCUGAGCCGUACCAACGGCGCUAAAAGUUCACAGUGCGAUGAAGGGCAGCCGGCAUGUUCACGUUGUGUUAAGUCAGCCAAGACUUGUGAUGGUUACCGAGAUCAAUCGCAACUCAUAUUCCGAGACGAAACUGCUAAAACGAUAGGAAAGGACAGUCAGAAAAAGGUCCUCAAACAUGCUCAAUCAACUCGGGCUGUUUCGUCUUUUACCUCACUUGGAGGAUUCUCAGCACCAUUUUCCAAUUGGCACACAAGCAUCCCACGCACAUUAUGCACCUCCAAAGAGGGUAUUGCCAUAAGCCAUUUCUAUAAUAGCACAGCCGACAAUUUACCAAACGGAAAUCCCACAAGACAUCUCCAUCAGCAACUCCCGUCUCUUUACUUCCGAAGCCAACAAGGUUCUGUUUUACGAUUAGCUGUAGAGGCUACAUCAUAUGCCUGUGCCACGAAACUCAUACCGCAAGCAAUCCAGCUAUCUAGCAAGUGUUAUAUCAAGGCCUUAACUGCGCUUCGAACGGCUAUCCAGGACCCCAACCUGCGUUUCUCCGACGAAACGCUGUAUGGUAUACUGCUUCUAUGUGGCUUUGAGACGAAGACGAAGCAACCAAGUGUGAGGUCAGCCUGGGGGUCUCAUGUGGACGGAGCCGCUGCUCUCAUCAAGGCUCGCGGAAUCAGUGAUCUAGACUCUUCAUUGUUCACUGACAUGUUUUGCUUUGUCCGCAAAAGCGUAGUUCUAGGUCAAAUACAGAUCUCAAAGCCUGUUGAUAAGGUUUUCCUUAAACAAAUCAUGUCCUCUUAUGAGGACACUGAAGAUCGACUGGUUUCACUAACAGCCAGAGUGCCACAACUGCAGUAUACAAGUUGCCAGCUUGAAACAGCGAAAGAUAUCAAUACGACUGAAGCCGAGCAGUUAAUAUCCGAUGUGAAUGAGCUAGACCUAGAGCUAUCUAUCUGGGUAACCAGCAUGUCAACGAAAUGGUCUUAUGCCACUGCGGUAAACAUAAAUAAUCACGCCAGGAUAGAUUAUACUCCGCGUGUCAUUCACAGAUAUACAGAUCGCUAUACUGCUCGCGUCUGGAACCUCUAUCGAGUAUCGAGGCUCAUCGUUCAGUCCGUUCUACUCCGUACCAUUGUUUGCCUGUCAGCUUCGACCAAACGGCCAUCCGACGAGGAUCGAAGAAAUCGGAUCAAGAGAGUGAUCAUGGGGCUGGUAGAUGACAUAUGCGCCAGCGUACCGUAUCUUCUAGGGCAUGACUUGUCAAAUAUGAGCCUUGCUGUCGAUAAUAAUGAUGGAAGACGGAUUCACGAUCAUGGCACUUCAAUCGCUACCGCAACGAGUGGAACGGGUGUACCGAUUGGUGGAUUCUCCCUGAUAUGGCCAUUGAGUGUUGCUUGCAGUGCGUUGGCUGUUCCUGCCGCACAGACGGAAUGGAUGCAAAGGCAGCUACAAUUACUUACAAAUCAUGGCGAGCCUCUUACUAGCACUAUCCUAUCCGGAAAGCCUAAUGAAUUCCGUUUCGACUGUGUUUAA